AUGGAGAAUGAUAAUAUAGUAGAAAUUGAGGAUGAUGAGGGACAGGUAAAGGUUAUUGAUACUUUAGCACAAGAGAAUGAUGAUCAAGAUGAUGAUCAGGAGAAGUCAACAGAUAUACUUCCAAAUCAAACAUUAUACGUUAGCAACCUUGCAGAGAAACCUUCAAAGACAAAACUCACCGAACAACUAUAUAGUCUAUGUACAAGAUAUGGAUCGAUAUUGGAUAUCGUAGUCUCAAAGAAACAGAAGUUGCGAGGUCAAGCAUUCAUUGUAUUCAAAGAUAUAACAGCUGCGUCAAACGCACUGAGGGAGCUCAAUGGCUUUGACCUCCUAGGUCGACCAAUGAGAGUAGCAUAUUGUAAGACAAAGUCUGAUGCAGUGUCAAAGUUGGACGGUACAUACAUGGAGAAGAAGAGAGAGAGAGAGACAAACAAAGAGAAGAAGAAGGUCAAGAAGCAGGAUACAAAGAAGCCACCUAGACCAAGGCCGGCAACCACACCAGCCGCCAACACACUUCAACCAAGAGACGAACCACCCAACAGGAUAUUGUUUAUUGAGAACCUACCAGACAAGUGCGAGACCGUUAUGAUACAGAUGUUGUUCUCACAAUUCCAAGGAUUCCAAACAGUCAACAUGCCAACAGCAAAGAAGGGCAUUGCCUUUGUCGAGUUUGAUGAUGAGGUCAAGUCUGGUGUUGCGAUGAAUCAUUUGCAAGGCUUCAAGGUCCUGCCUGAGAAGCCAAUGGUCAUCUCAUAUGCUGCGCAAUAA